AUGACAUUUCAAAACCAUAAGGGAAACUCAGUAAGCGAUGUAAAUUUACCUUACUAUCAGCUGGAUGUCCUCUCUCAUGCAACUGAUGAUUUCUCCGAGGACAAAAAACUCGGACAUGGUGGUUCCGGAAUAGUUUACAAGGGUGUAUUGUCUAGUGGAAAGGAAAUAGCUGUGAAGAGGCUAUUGAAAAGGAAUUAUGUUCAUGAAGAGUUGGAUGAGUUCCAUAAUGAAGUUGUUUUGCUCACAAAUCUUCAGCACCGGAACCUUGUCAAGCUCUUGGGAUUCUGCGACGAAGGAGACGAGCAGAUUAUGGUCUAUGAGUACAUGCCAAACAAAAGCUUGAACAGUUUCUUGUUUGAUCGAAUAAAAAAGAAAUUACUCACAUGGAGACAAAGACUGAACAUUAUCAUUGGUGUAGCGCGAGGACUUCUUUAUCUUCACCAAGAUUCUCGAAUGACUAUAAUUCACAGGGAUCUUAAAGCAAGCAACAUAUUAUUAGACCAUGAUUUGAGCCCGAAAAUUUCAGAUUUCGGCAUAGCCAAACAUUUUGGAAGAAAUCAGACAGAAGAGACCACCAGGAAAAUUGUUGGAACACUUGGUUAUAUUUCUCCAGAAUAUGCACUCGCUGGAAAAUUUUCAGCAAAAUCAGAUGUAUUCAGCUUCGGCGUAUUAAUCUUGGAGAUAAUAAGUGGAAAGAAAAAUUGGGGUUUUACUCACCCUGAUCAUGACUUAAACCUUAUUGGACAUGCAUGGAAGCUAUGGAAAGAAGGAAGUGCCAUGGAGCUAAUGGAUGAAGUAUUGAAAGAGGAAACAUAUAAUUCAGAUGAAGUAUUUAGAUGCAUCCAAGUAGGUCUAUUAUGUGUGGAGCAUUCCGUGGAUGAUAGACCAACGAUGGCAUCGGUGUUAGUCAUGCUAUCGAAUGUAGAAGACUCUGAGGUUCCACAGCCGAAAGAACCUGGUUUUGUAUCUGAAACUUAUGGAAGAGGAAGAGAGUUGUAUUCAAUUCAAGAUAAUAAUGAUACUACCAAUCGUGUAACUAUUACAGCUUUAGAUGGAAGAUAA